UUUCAGUGCCUUCACACGCUCUUGAACUUUCGCUUCAUCAUUUAAAAAUCCAGGACAUUCCAUGCUGCGAACCAUUAUCAAAAUAUUUUGAUCAGUAUUUGAAGGCAAAGAUAAGAUUUCAUAUUUAUAUUAAAAGUAGUCAACCAGCUGCGUAUAUUAUUGGCUCGAGUCGUCAAGUCAAUAAACAGCACUUAACUAAUUAUCUCACACUUUCUAUUGGUUGGAAUUAUUUGUAA